UAUACUCCAUGUAAAUCAGUCCAGCCGUCGCAGCAGCAACAGUCAAAACAAGCGAGACACAUCCCAUCUGCACAUUUUACCGUUUGGGUGUUGCCGGUGCACAUCUCCCGCACCCUCGAGCAGGGGGGAGCUGAUCUUUUGCUAUUUUACAUCAUCCCUUUUUCUUAGUGCAGCUCGAUGGGCAAACAUUCGUAGUGUCCGUUUCGUUGUUUGUGUCAUGAAUUUUGUUAUUUUUAUUUUUAAGGAAUAACAUCGGUGCGGAAACAAUGUUGGAUGCCUCAAAUCUGCCCCUGACUGGCCGACCAUCUGGGACCUACCAUCUAUCUCCCUCCAUCUCGGAGAACCAAUGUCCCACGCGAGAUGCACGCGAGCUAGAGAUGGCUCGGGCAGCUACUCGCUUAGUGAGGGACAAGGGCGGACGAUGUGAAGCACGCUACUGUCUCUUCGGCAUGGAAGCAAAAAAGAAAUGUUCUGUGUCAAAGUUCAGUUUGGGGCUGGCUUUGUUCCGAGAUCCCCGAUCCAUCGGGCCUCAAGGGUCGGUGGUACAAUUAAGUACUGUACCUUACCUAAGGUACAUGAGUAGUGCCAUUUAACGUCGUACAUGACCAAUGCACAUAACAGACCAGGGACCAACACUGCUCGAGUUGCACAUGUUGGGUCGGGUGGCUUGCAUUGACGAGAACCUGGGGCAAUUGACCGUUAAAAAAGAGCAAUUUGCAAUUUCCCUCCCUGUGUUUUGAGU